ACGUUUGCGUUGUAGCCGGGCAGAGCACCCCGACCACUCGAAAACGGGGUGGUGGGGGAGACCCCAAAAGUUACUUAGAGAAGUCCACAUCUAUGAGUCCGACAGUUGGUUCGUUGUAACCAUCUCGUACCAUCCCUCUUAGAAACCAACACUAGCCAUGGCGGAUAAGGAGAAGAAGAAGAAGACCAAGAAGAAGGAGGAGGCGGCAGCGCCCGCUCCGGCGCCUGAACCGGAACCAGCACCUGAACCAGAACGCGCAAAGACACCUUCCGCUCCGGCGAGCACGAGGGCGAGCAGCCGCGGAAGCCGCAAGGCAAAGCGAUCUGGCUCCAGCGUGUUCUCCAUGUUCUCCCAGAAGCAGGUCGCCGAGUUCAAGGAGGCCUUCCAGCUAAUGGACCACGACAAAGAUGGAAUCAUCGGUAAGGCCGACCUCGCCGCCACCAUGGAUUCUUUGGGUAAAAUGGCGACGGAAAAGGAACUCGACGAGAUGAUCGGCGAGGCCCCUGGACCCAUCAACUUCACCCAGUUGCUCAACCUCUUCGCCGUCCGAAUGGCCGGAGGUUCCGACGACGACGAUGUUGUCAUCAACGCCUUCAAGACGUACGACGACAACGGCAAAAUCGACGGCGAAAGGCUGAGGCACGCUCUUUUGACCUGGGGCGACAAAUUCACCCCGAAAGAAGUCGAUGACGCUUACGACCAGAUGUACAUCGACGACAAAGGAUUCAUCGACACGGAAUCGUUGAUCGCCAUGUUGACCGGAACCGGCGAGGAGGAGGACGAUUAAAUAUUUACAAUAUCAAUUUACACGUAAUAAAUAAUCGACCGUCAAUGUCAUCGGAUGAAAAGCGCACGCGACAGAAGUAAUGAAGAAAAAUGGAAAAAAAAACCUCAAGAAACGGCGAACACACGUCAUCGGAAAUGUAUAAUAUUUGCAGGCUAUAAAUUAUUGUAACUUGUAACAACGAUUCCGAUAUUUUCAUAUCGAUCGCGAACGUUGAAAAAAAAAAAAAAAACACAUAUUACUCACGCGGUCGCCUGAUACAUGUACCGGACACCGAAUCCGGUUGUGAAGAGAUGAGAAAACAAAAAAAAAAAUGGAAGAAAAUUUUGAAUAAAGACACAGAAAAAAACAAUACCCAAGUGUAUAUAUAUGAUAAUAAUAAUAAUUUAAAUAAUGAUAAUAUUAAUAAUAUUAAUAACAAUAUCGGAAACCAGAAAAAAAAAGAAAAAAUUAUAUAAUUCAUAUAUCAUCGUCGUAUCACCCGAUUUUCAAACAGGAGAAUCCAAACACUCAUGUACUUAUAUAUGCCAUAUAUUGUUACGUUAUAUAAUGAUACACGUUAAUUAUUUAAAUACAUUCACACGUCAUACUCCGUA